AUGGAUACUGAAUAUUGGAGAAAAGAUGGUGAAUAUCCGUCAUCAUAUAUGCAUAUUAAACAAGAGCCGCAAGAUUACCCUCAAGAAACUUCAACGCGAGCUUCAGAAUUAGCUUCAAAUUUUUUGUCUAACCUUUCUUUGACUCCAAAGAUGGAAUCUAACUAUGUCAAACAAGAGCCUGAAACAACUCCUGACAAGGCUUUUCGUUCACACGACGAACAUACUUCUCAUCGUGAUCGGUCGCGUGACAGAAAUGAACGACAUCGAUCUGUAAAAGAAGAGGAUGACCGUGAUCGCCGCGAAAAAAAACGUGAUAGAGAAAGAUCUGAUAAAGAUAGGGAUAGAGAUAGAGAUCGUGAUAGGUCUGAUCGUGAUCGUGAUAAAGAUAAAGAUCGUGAUCGUGAAAGGCGAAGAGAAAGAGAACGUAGUCGUGAUAGAAGUCGUCGUGAAAGAGAACGUGAUGAAAAAGAAGAUAGAGAGCGUAAAGCACGCCGUCCGAGAAAAAGGAGCCGUAGUCCUAGUAAUAGGCGACGUAGUCGUAGUCCUAGGCAUCAUUCUCGCUCUCGUUCAAUAACCCCUAUCAAUAGGAGAAGAAGAAAGUUAAAUAAUUGGGAUUUACCGCCUCCAGGUUAUGAGGGAAUGACUGCUGAACAAGUUAAAGCUACAGGUCAUUUUCCACUUCCUGGUCAACCUGCGACCACUAGACCUACUACCCUUCCUACUUCUCCACUUAUAGCUGGUAUGGAUCCUUCCAGAGCUGCUGCUAUGAUGAUGGGAAUGACUCAUGAACUCCCUCCUCGACCGAAAGUAAGUCAGGGUGCUGCUGGUCCCGUUGCACAGACUGCAUCUCUUGCAAGGCAAGCGAGACGUCUUUAUAAUGGCCUAUCAGAAUUCUUUAAUUCAACAAUGGUACAACUAAAUAUCACUACUGCACCAGGUCAGCCAGUUAUAGCUGUUCAAAUUAAUCAUGAUAAAAAUUAUGCAUUUGUAGAAGUAAAAGCCACAGCAGCGAUGGCUUUUGAUGGAAUUACAUUUCAAGGUCAGUCUUUAAAGAUUCGACGUCCAAAAGAUUAUCAACCACCCCCUGGCCAAAAUCUCGAACCUCCACCAAUUCAUGUUCCUGGCGUCGUUUCAACUAAUGUGCCUGAUAGUCCGAAUAAAAUAUUCAUUGGCGGUUUGCCUACAUAUUUGAAUGAUGAACAAGUUAUGGAACUUUUGAAAUCUUUUGGUGAACUCAGAGCUUUUAAUUUAGUUAAAGAUAGUUUAACAGCUUGUCAAGGUUUAAAUAAUAUGGAAUUGGGUGAUCGCAAACUUGUAGUUCAACGUGCUAGUGUUGGAUCAGCAAAGAAUACAGGUGUAGCGAGUGUCCUACCUUCUUCUGUACUUAUUCCUUCUGGUAAUGGUGAAAUGAUUCCCACUACUGUUCUUCAAUUACUUAAUAUGGUCACCCCUGAAGAAUUAGUAGAUGAUGAAGAAUAUGAAGAUAUCGUUGAUGAUGUUCGUGAAGAAUGUUCCAAGUUCGGUCGUGUGCUGGAUAUGAAAAUUCCCCGACCUGGUAGUGGGUCAAUAUCAGGGGUUGGCAAAAUUUUCGUACGUUUUGAAUCUAUAGAAGCUGCUGGUGCUGCACUUCGAGCGCUUGCUGGUCGAAAAUUCGCCGAACGCACUGUUUUGACAUCAUAUAUAGAUGAGGAAAUGUAUUAUGCAGAAGACUUUUAA